UUAGAAAAUGGGUUCUUGGUGGUGGGCUUUCGCUUUUGUUUUCUUUUGUUUUCAGAUCGGCAUUUCCGAUGGGCAAAGUCCGGUAGCAGCACCUUCCAAACCACCAUCUGCUCCGGCACAGUCACCCUCAACUGCCACACCACCUCCCACUGUUACUCCUCCCAUUGCCACUCCUAAUUCUUCACCAGCAAGUAGUCCUCCACCUCUUUUAGCUCCUUCAAAAUCGCCGGCACUACCACCAGCACCAAUUUCACCUCCAACCAUUGCACCAGCCUUGCCUCCACCAGUCUCGCCGCCACCCGCACUAGCACCAUCGCUGGCGCCAGUGCCUUCUCCAUCAAUAGCACCACCUGCACCAUCACCUGCGCCACCAACACCAGCGCCAGCACCAGCCAUAAAUCCACCAACACCAACACCAGCGCCUGCACCAGAGUUGGUGCCAUCACCAGCACCCGCUCCUUCGAAGAGUAAGAAGAAGAAGAAGAAGAAGAAGCACAAGCAUAAGAAGCACCAUCAUGCACCAGCACCGGCACCAACUCCACCAAGCCCACCUGCACCACCUACUUCCGACUCACAAGUUCAAGUUACACCGGCACCAGCACCGGAUCUGAAUGGAGGGAUUGCAGCCAUGGGAGGACUAUUUGAAAGGUUGACAACGAUUGGAAUAGCUAUUCUUGUUACUGUAGCAGUUAUGGCAUGAAUUCCUUGAUUUAUUUAAUACGGAUUUUUUAUUGUUUCUUUUAAUACUAUAAGAGAUUCUUAU